GCCAAUCGCCGGUUGUGGCUCGUGGACAAAGUAAAAGGAAAGCUAGCCAUCGGGUACGCACAACGAUAGUAUCGUAACAGCUAACAGUGGUACUUUUCGGCGUUUUGUGCCACCUAGCCGUGGAUGUAUAUUUGUUCUUCCUAAGCAUCGUUUCCAGAUUAAUUGAACCACGUUUCACGGGUCAAGUUUGUCGUGAAUAAACGUAAACGAAACAAAGAGGUCGUCGAUGCUAUCAUUGAAACGCAACGAAUCCGACUCUAUGCAGGGUGUUUUCUACGUUUUAAAGACGCUAAAAUUACACGAGUGAUCACUGUACCAUGUGCGGUGUGUCCGUUGACGCAAUGGCACACUAACAAUAAGAUGUGACUUGGUGGUCGCAUCAGCUGAUCGUCAACGUAUCAAGCGAUUUAGGCACACGAGCAGUUUUGAGGUACAAAUGGAGACUCCAAGGGAUACGUUCACCCCUUCGGCAAACAAAACUAACUUAUGGUUUAACAAGAAACGUGGAUCGUGCGCUUAAUACUUUAAUGUUUACAGACUGAAAUGAAUCAAGAUAAAUUUCAGAGCGACGACUAGAAUGGCUCUGGUAAUGUUACCCUGUGAUCUACCGUGGUGGCCGGCGGUAGUAAAGCAACUAGAUCGAGCAGCAGCUGCCAGAAAUUCCGAAGAUCUGUUGGAAGCGAUGCAAAGAUUACACGACAUGUGCAAUAUCAGCCUCGACCCUGAAGAAGAUACACAAGAUCCAGAAUUAUUUUCUGGAUUAGCGUUAUUUCUCGACACUGAUCUCGACUCCGCGGAACGGGAACAAGUUUUCGCGAAGACAAUACCGCGUAUGGUAGACAGGGCAAAAGCUUUAAGAUCUUGUAAACCACCGCAAGGUUUGCACUUUAGUCUUCAACAACAAGGUGAUUGCGUCGAGUACAGUUAUGCCUUUGUUUCGUCUUUAAUAGCAAACGCAUUCUUUUCCACAUAUCCUAAAAGAACUACAAAGACUCAUCCAACUUUACGAGAUUUUAAUUUCACCAAUUUCUUUAAACACCUUAAUAACAAUGGACAGAAAGCAAAAUUAAGAAGUAUAUUUCAUUACUAUGAUUACAUUAAAGCUGAAAAUGCAUUGGAUGGAAAGAUAGUAAUUUCUAGACAGGUAAUGACAUCGAAGCAAUGGUUAACUAUCGAGGACUGGUUAGAGAGCAACGUUCCACUGUGUCCAUUGAUGAUACGUCAUGAGGGCCGUCUGGAGAGACUGGAACCAGAGACUAAAGUAUUACGUGUUUGCUUCGCGAGCGCAAAGUUUGGCGGCGGCGUACUUGAUGGUGAUGUUACGCAAGAAACUGUACAUAUAGUAACGCAUCCCGAAAUGCUCGUGGCAAUAUUAUCAGUUGAAGCUUUAGAAGACAACGAAGUAUUAAUAGUAGAGGGUGUUAGACACGUAUCUAGAAUAAACGAUCCUCGUAAUAGAGCCAUAUUUGAAGCUUUGCCGAAACCAAAUAUCGUAACAGUAUGUUGUAUCGAUCCUGAGGAUUACUCGCGAUUACCUUUAUCGCAGUUCGAAGAAGACAAUAUACUCCGGGAAAUGAAUAAAUCUUUGCUUGGAUUUCGACAGAGGCAUGUACCGAACAGUCCAACUGAUCCUGUAAAAUCUGAAUUGGAUCCAGAUGGAGCACUAGGUUCUCGAAGAUUAUCGCCGAUCGGAGAGAGUUUCAGCAGCACCCCUCCAGAAACAGAAGGCGAUGAUAAAGUAUUGUCGACGAAUAAUGCAAAAUCUAAUAGACACGAUAUCUUAACGGAAGUUCGCAGUAAACCAAAUGGUAAAUCUAUAAGACCUCCAAGUCCACAUAGAAUAUGCAGCGACACCAGUACCACGAUCAAAAGGAAUCGGUUUAUCGUACUUGGAUCAAGUGGGGAAGUUUUACCGGUUACACGAAAAUCGCUUGGACAAAUGUCAGUUUACAGCAGUUGUAACAGUCAGAGUACAGAUAGUUUUCAUAGUGCAAAAGAUACUAUAGACGAAGAUCCUGAAGAAGAAGAACAAAAAUUAAGUAAACGUUACAGUAGUCAGUUGGACACUCCAGAAAAAAGAGGAACAUUUGCCCAACGUUUGAGGGACGCGUUAAAACGAGAAAGUACAGCUACAGGAGCAGCUUCGUCUAAUACUUCGUCUGGAGAAAGCAGUUACGCAGUUGGUAUUAGCGUGUCUGGAAGUCACGUUUGUGACCAAGACAUUAAAGUAAAGCGAGGAGGUUCGAGAGGUUUCGUUCUACGAGAUGAAACAGUGGAUGAAGAUUUUCUAAAGGAAUCUUUAGAAGCCGAACAAAAAUGGUUAGGCAGAUUUCGACAGAAUCAACCUAUGCUUCAAAGAAGAGACACAAGUGCUAGUAGUAAAUACAGUUUCAGUACGGAAUAUAAUUCUGAUUUUUGUUCCGAACUCGAAGAAGUUUACGAACAACUAGCAAAAUGGUUAGAAGAUCCCAUAGCAGCGGAUGAAUCUCGAGAGUUAGACGCAAGAGACAAAGCAGUAGUUCGAUUCGCCGGCUCGUUGUUAAAGAGAGCUCUCAGCGAAUCAUUUGCUGGUGUUCCAGUUCAAGAGGGUGAACCUCAACCCUUUAUCGAUCCUACCGAUGUAAAUCAAAGCCAUAAACUAGCUUUGGCUGUGAGAAGUUUGAGUUUAGAACUAGCUCGUCAAAAAAAUAGGAGACAACAAUCAGUCUCUGAGUCUGAAGAUGUAGAAUAUUAUGAAGAUACGUUAAGUAAUCAUACGAUAUCGAAAGAGGUAAAGGAUAUUCAACGUAGAAAACUUAGGACGGUAACGUUUACAUCCGAAGUUUUUCAAACAUUGGUCGAUGACGAAACUACCGUGUAUCUAUCUAAUCCUGUUUCUUUAAGCACACCUGGAACUGUAGAAGGAACAACGCAAUCUUUUGUUGCCAACGUGAAUAAUGACAAACUUGCGCAAGAAUUCGAAUCGCAUGUAAUAUUUAACAUACCAAGAGACAAUAGUCCUCAAGCAGGCGGAUUACUGCCUGUUGCUACUGGUAAUUGGGGAUGUGGUUCUCGUUUAAAAGGGGAUCCACAGUUGAAAUUAGUUAUUCAAUGGCUUGCUGCUUCUUUGGCAGGAGUACCAAAAUUAGUCUAUUACACUACAGGAAAUCCUAGUUUAUCAAAGUUAGAUACCGUGAGUCGAGUUCUUAUGGAUAGGCAUUGGUCGGUCGGUGAUUUAGCCGCCGCCACGUUAAGAUUCGCCGUGUAUGCUAUCGAAGAACAAACAGGAGGAAAAAAUACUCUGUUCGAGGAAAUAAUUGGUAUGGAGAAAUUGAGUCCUUAGCCCGACUCGAUGCUGUCUGUUUUAGUAGAUCUCCUUGCUACUAUGAUCGAAGACAGCUUAUUGAAUAACUGAACAAAAUACAUAAAAAGAUUCGAGAAUCGAUAUUACAAUCGAUCUUACAAUUUGUAAAAGUAAAACGUACUCCAAGAUAUUACUUGUGAGAAACGUCAGAUUAAGAAAAGCUUUUAACUUUUUAAAAAAUUAUCCGAUCAGUAUAGAAACAUCGAUCUCCAUGAUAUAAAUGUUUCAUAUCAAUGCAAUAUCAAACAAAACCGCACAACUCAGUGUACAAAAGAAUCCACUAAACUAUAAGUUAAAGUUUUAAUACUUUUUAGAGAAUAUUAUAUUACAUAAGUAAAAUCAAACAAAAUUGUUAUUACAGUUUGAACGAAGUAUUUCGAAAUAACUGUAUUACAAUUUCCUGGUCAUAUUGUAAAUUGAAAUUUUCGCUAUAAUGGAAUUUGUACAAGUUUAAUAGAUCUAGCCAUGCAACAAGUCAAUUCUAAUUUAUGUUUAUAUAAAGUAUAUAACUUGAUAUAGUUACCUGCAAUAAUUAACGAGGCACAAUACAUAUAUUAUACUAUAUUUUGUACAGUAUAAUAUUUAUAAGUCGUUACAUACGUCAAACCGAAGUAUAUGUAAUAAUUGAAUAGAUUUUUAGGAACAGAUUUUUAGUCGUAUUUUAUAGGCUGCUUUUUUAUAUCAAAUAUAAUUUAUACAAAACAAAUCACAUAAAUGAUAAAAAUGAAUUACAUAAAAGGAAAGUAAUGUGGCCUCUAAAAAUAUACAAAUUUGAAACAAAAAUAUAUUGACUAUAAAAUGUCUUCCACUAAAAAAAAAAGAAAAAAAAAGAAGAUGAAAAAGAAAAAAGUACGUGUAACUACAUCUUUAUCUAUCGUAAAUUCUCGAUGUACGUUUUGUUUUAAACAAUGUAAGUGUAGAACGCGUUACAAAACUUUUUGUAUGUAUGUAUAUUGGACAAAAUAUGAAUGUAAAGCACAUAUUAAUAAAUUUAUAUAAUGGUAAUA